AUGAAGAUCGCAAGCAAGACGAAGAAACAGGGACAAGAUGAUCCAAGGAGAAUAGUCCGUUCCCUAAAAGUUGGACUAGCUGUUUCGCUUGUUUUAUUGUUAUACUACUUUUACCCACUCUAUGAUGGUUUUGGGCAAGAGGGUGCAUUGUGGGUUGUACUGACUGUUGUUCUUGCCUUUGAAAUCUCCGUUGGUGCAACACUUGGAAAAGGUUUAAAUAGGAUGUUGGCGACGUUGGUAGCGGGUGCCCUGGGCGUUGGAGCUCACUGUUCAUCAACUCUUUCCGGAAGGAAAGGGAAGCCCAUCUUGGUAGCAACUUUUGUCUUCAUUAUAGAUGUGAUAACGACAUUUAUGAGAUUCAUCCCAACCGUGAAGGCAAGAUAUCCCUACGGACACUUGAUAUUCAUACUGACCUUCUGCUUAGUAUCCAUAUCGAGUUACCGAGAUGACCAAGUGCUAGAAAUGGCACACGACAGGUUUUUAGCCAUCAUAGUUGGUUGCUGCGUUUCUCUUAUUGUUUGUAUGUGCCUUUUCCCCUUUUGGAUCGGUGAGGAUCUCCAUAAAUCUGUCUCUGCAAACAUGGAAAAGUUAAGCAAUUUUCUUCAAGACUUCAUCAAAACAGCUUUUGGAGAUGAAUAUUUCACUGAAAAAUCCAAUGAGAAAAAUAAGUCAUAUCUUCAAGGAUAUACAAGUGUUCUAACUUCUAAAAGCAGCGAAGAAACUAUGGCUAAUUUUGCAAGAUGGGAACGAGGUCAUGGUCCGUUCCGGUACCGUCAUCCAUGGAAAAUGUACCUCAAAGUCGGAAACCUUACUCGGGACUGUGCUUACAAAGUUGAAGCUCUUAACAGCCACCUUAACUGUAAAAUCCAGAAAUCCGUGGCAAAAUCGAAGAGCCAUGCAAAAGGCUCGGCUAAUACACACAUUGAAAGCUCAAAGAAAGCUGCCGAGGAUCUCAAAAGCCUGCUCAAAACAAACCUGUGGGAAGAAGCAGAUUUACUACAGAUUAUACCGGCUGCUUCAGUUACAUCACCUCUGCUGGAAAUCAUAGAGUGCGUUGAGAAAAUUGCUGAAGCAGUAAAUGAAUUGGGCAAUGCCGCAUCUUUUAGGCAGAGUAAUGUUACGGUCUUAUCUGAACAACCACAUUCAAUCCACCAGGAAUCAAUCCAACAAGGUUCAAACACUGCCUUGCCGGUGCCACAUUGUGUCAUUACAGUAGCGGAAUAA